UUUGUUUCGGAAAUAGAGGAAGAAAAUAAUAUAAAUAUGGAACUUGGUAAUUAAUAAUAAAAGCAUGGGUAGUAAUAAAAUAACAUUUUAAAGUAUACAAAUGAGUAGCUAGAAUUCAUUCAUGCUCCUAAAAACAGAGAUAUUAAGAUAACUGCUUGUGCUGGUUCUGGAAAAACAUAAUGUGUGCUAGAGUUUACAAAGUAAGCAUUAAAGGAGGGAUUUAAUCCUAAAGAAAUUUGCAUAACAACUUUCAAUAUUUAAGCAAGCAAUGAUAUGAAAAAAAGAGCUAUUGAGUUGAUGGGAAAAUUUUAGGCUGAUUAAAUUGAAAUCCUUAACUUUGAUAAAAUAAUAACAAAAUUUUUUAAAAUGAUUUAAAAAUCUAAAAGCUAAAAAGAAUUGAACAAAUAAAAUUAGAAAGAAAAUAAAAAUUAACAAUCGAUUGAACUGACUUUGGCUGAAAAAUAAUUUCAGCUAUAUCAAGACUUAUAAGACGAAUCUCUUAGCAAGCAUAUCUUCGAAAGCUAUAAACUGAUCAUAUUUGACGAAUUUUAAGAUAUCAACUAAUUGCAGUAUGAAAUCUUAAUGUUAUUUAAGAGAAUUGGAAAAUCAAUCAUAGUCGUUGUUGGAGAUGAUCUUUAGAAUAUAUAUGAGUUUAGAGGAUCAGAUUAUAAAUUUUUAAAGUCCUAAAUUAUUGAAGAUAUUAAUAAAGAAAACAAAAAAUUUUAUGGAAAUGAGAACUUCAACAUGUUGGAAUAUAAUCUUACAACUAACUUUAGAUGCUCCUCGAAAAUCACUGCUUUCGCAAAUGAUAUAAUUAGGUCAUUCUAAUAUAUUAAUUAAAACCCAAUGCAGAGUUUUGAAGAUUUGAAAUGUUACUAGAAUAAAAAAUGUGAUAUAAAGCCAACUCUUGAACCAUAUAAAAGUUAUAACGAUAUGUUCAAAGACAUUUACAAUUUUAUAACAUCCAAAGUGUAAAACGAAGGCUUUUCUUACUCAGAUAUAGCAAUAAUAAGUGCAACAAGUUUUCCUUUAAGGUAAAUAGAAUUGAAAUUAGAAUAGCACAAUUUUAACCAGCCUGAAAAAGAAAUACCAUUUUGGAGCUUCGUUGGCAAAAACAAAGAUUUUGAUUACAGUUUUGAAUAUAAAGGUAAUAAAGUCACUUUAUUAACAGCUCAUAAGUCGAAAGGGUUGGAAUGGAAAGCUUUAUUUUUCAUUGGAAUAAAUGAUGAUUAAUUUCCAGAGGUAUUUAUAAGAUAAGUAGGAAACUACAAUCAAAAAAUUGAAGAGAUGAGGCGUUUAUUUUAUGUUGGAUCAACAAGAGCAGCUUAAAUUUUGAAAUUGAGUUAUUUUUCAAACAAUAACAGAAAAGCUUGUAGGUUUUUAGGUGCAAUUGAUAAAAAUAAUAUUUAAUUUAAAGGUUAAACUUAAAUUGCUUAAGAAAAAAAUACCACAAAUGCUAAUCAAAAAUAACUGUUAGAUAAAUAAGUGAGAGAAAUAUUUGAAGAGAUGUGUAAUCCUUAGUAUAUUGUUUAACUUUAAAAAACUGAAAAGUUUCUUUAAGAAGAAUAAUUUUAUUUAGAAGAAAUUUAAUACAUUCACAAGCCUAUGUUUUCAAGAAAUUAAAUCUAAAAAAUAUUUUUCAAUUAAUCUGAAGAAAUCCUUUUUUCUUACAUUGAAACGUAAUUUUCUUAUCCUAUAAUGAAUUUUCUAAUUUUUAAAUAAUUAAUACUCAAUUUAACAUUUUAUCAAUAAAUCUAAUAAAAUAUUAUUUAUAAAUGA